AUGGAGGUGGAGUUAGAGCCUCGCGUGAAGCCUCUUCAAUUCAAGGUCAAAGCCAUGUCCAGAGAAUCUCCCUCGCAGAAGGCUCUCAACGUUCUCGACUCCGACCUCCGUUCUCACUGGUCCACCGCCACCAACACCAAGGAGUGGAUUCUACUCGAACUCAAUGAGCCUUGCUUGUUGUCGCAUAUACGGGUUUACAACAAGUCUGUGCUCGAGUGGGAAAUUGCAGUGGGUUUGCGGUACAAGCCAGAGACAUUUCAAAAGGUUCGCCCACGAUGUGAAGCGCCCAGACGUGACAUGACCUACCCUACAAAUUACACUCCAUGUCAAUAUGUGAGAAUAUCUUGUUUGCGAGGAAAUCCCAUUGCUAUUUUCUUUGUUCAGCUAAUAGGAGUUUCUGUGGCUGGUCUUGAAGCUGAGUUUCAACCAGUUGUUAAUUACUUGCUACCCCACAUUCUAUCUCAUAAACAGGAUCCUCAUGAUAUGCAUCUCCAGUUGCUGCAAGACAUGACAAACCGGUUACUAGUAUUUCUUCCACAGCUUGAGACAGACCUUGCAAGCUUUCCAGAUAAUCAAGAAUCUAACCUACGAUUUCUUGCCAUGCUAGCGGGUCCUUUUUAUCCUAUUCUUCAUGUGGCGAAUGGAAGGACAACUUCAAAGCAUGCGGGCAAUAUCACCGACUCUGAAGUCUACAAAAGUAGUCAACUGUCACCGGCACUAACUGUUUCCUCUAACUUUGAGCCAAGGAGAUCACGAAGUGCAUCAUCUUUCAAUUUGUCUGCAUAUCGUUCCAUGGUUUUAAGGCCAGAUGCAAUUUUUAUGCUGCUGAGAAAGGCUUACAAAGAUUGUGAUCUGGGCUCUGUCUGUAGAAUGGCAUCUAGAAUCAUGCAGAAACUCAUUGAUCCCGAGCAAAAUGUAUCAUACCCUCAAAAUGAACUUACUGACCCUUUGGAGGAGAAAUCAAAAUUGGAACUUACUAGUCCUUGCACUUUAGUUGAUUACUCAAACCUGUUUGGUGAGGAGUUUAGAAUGCCAGAUGAGCAUUGGGAUUGCAGCUAUCUUAAUGUUUUAGAUAUUGGGGCCGUGGAAGAAGGGAUCUUACAUGUUCUUUAUUCUUGUGCAGCUCAGCCUGUUCUUUGCAGCAAGAUGGCUGAGAGAAUUUCAGAAUUUUGGGCUGCUCUGCCGCUUGUACAAGCUUUGCUGCCAGCUUUACGCCCAUUGUUGAGCAAUUCUUUUGAUGUUGUGGACAACUCUUUUUCUCAGUGGAAUCAACCUAUUGUACAACAGGCUUUAUCUCAGAUUGUUGUUACAGCAACAUCAGCUACUCAUUGCUCUCUUCUUCAUGCUUGUGCUGGUUAUCUAUCUUCGUAUUCACCAUCUCACGCUAGGGCUGCUUGUGUGCUGAUUGAUCUAUGCUCUGGUGUACUAGCACCAUGGAUUACUCAAGUGAUUGCAAAGGUUGAUCUUGCUCUGGAGCUUUUGGAGGAUCUUUUUGGUAUAAUCCAGGAUGCUCACAAUUCACUCAUUCGUGCUCGCGCUGCCUUGAAGUAUAUUGUGCUAGCUCUUUCUGGGCACGUGGACGACAUAUUGGGAAAAUAUAAGGAAGUUAAACACAGAAUCCUCUUUCUUGUGGAGAUGCUGGAGCCUUUUCUUGAUCCUGCUAUUGCUGUAUCAAAAAGCAAAAUAGCUUUUGGGGAUCUAUCAUCUUCAUUUCUCGAAAAGCAGGAGCACAAUUGCAUGAUUGCUCUAAAUAUCAUCCAUGCUGCAGUACAAAAGCCAGCUGUUCUUCCUUCUUUGGAAUCAGAAUGGAGACAUGGGUCUGUGGCUCCUAGUGUGCUUCUCUCGAUACUGGAACCACACAUGUUACUGCCACCUGACGUUGACCUUUGCAAAUCUGUUUUAAGACCAACUGAAAAUGAAGCUGCAUCUGUUUCACUUCUUUCUUCUGGGGUUAAUGGAGGAGGUACUUUUUCCAAGAUCAAUAGUCAAGAUGAGUCUGAUGGAAAAACGGAGGUACCAGAAACAGCAGGAAGAUCUGAUUUUGUUGAAGACCGUAAUCUACUUUUUGCUCCACCAGAACUGCAGGGUAUUUCAUUGAGAAGCAAUUCUAAUGUUCCUAACCAUAAUAGCUCUGUUUCUAGCGAUGCGGAUGUGAGAUUGGAAUCCAAACAUGUGGUGGAUAAAUCUUCCACCCAUCGUUUUCUAUCCAAUGUUCUCAUAGAUUCCGGCCUUGGUUUUGAAUACUUCAACCUGCAGGCAGAUUAUUUUCAACUUUUAAACUAUCAUGAUUGUGAGCUACGUGCUUCUGAGUUUAGGCGCUUGGCUUUAGAUUUGCAUUCUCAGAAAGAAAUCACUGUUGAAACUCAUGAUGCUGCUAUUGAUGCUUUUCUGUUGGCAGCAGAAUGCCAUGUAAAUCCUUAUUUUAUGUUUUCUAUUGGAGCCUCUUCAAAAUUUCCAGACCUUUUGAACGUAAAGGAAGGUAAAACCGAGCAGUCUCAUGCUAAUGUAGAUGCAAAAGGGGCUUUUGAAAAAAAUAAACCUAACUUAGAAACAAUAGCGCAUAUAGAGAGAAAAAGAGAUAAAGUUGUCUUUCAUAUUCUGCUUGAGGCUGCAGAGUUAGAUAGGAAGUAUCAUUUAAGAGUAUCUGAUGGUGAAAGUGGUUCUUAUUAUGCCGAGGGUUUUGAUGAACAGGUUAUCAAGAUGUCUUCUCACGAUGAGCAACAUGCAGAUGCUUUAACCUUAGUUCGACAAAACCAAGCUCUACUCUGUAACUUUUUGAUCAAACGUUUGCAGAAAGACCAAAUUUCAAUGCAUGAAAUUCUUCUGCAAAGCCUUGUGUAUUUUUUGCACACUGGCACUAAACUAUUUUGCCCUCCAGAAAGUGUGAUUGAUAUCAUUCUAAAAUAUGCUGAAGAAUUGAACAAGUUGCUGGCAUCUUUUCAUCAUGAGCCAAAGGAAGGUAAUUUGCAUUUGGCAGAAGAAAGAGCACGUGGGGUAGAGCGACGUUGGUUACUGUUACAACAAUUGGUUAUUGCUUCAAGCAAUGGAGGCGAAGAGGAAAAUUUUGGAACUAGCAUUCAAAGCGGUUACCUCUGUGGAAAUUUAGUUCCCCCUUCAGCUUGGAUGCAGAGAAUUUCUCAUUUUUCUUGUUCUGUGUACCCUUUGGUUCGAUUUCUAGGGUGGAUGGCAGUAUCUCGUAAUGCCAAAGGAUAUAUGAAAGAUCAAAUUUUCCUUGCAUCUGAUCUGUCUCAGCUGACAUAUUUACUUUCCAUUUUUGCUGAUGAUCUUGCCGUUGUUGAUAAUGUGAUCAAUAAAAAGUAUGAAGAGGUUAAGAUUGAAGAUUCACAGUUUGAACAUAGUUCCUCAGCCAAGAAAGAGUUUGAGCGAGGCAGCCAAUAUCAUGAAGAACAAUCUUUUUCUGCAGUCUACCCUGAACUCUGGAAGUUCUUUCCAAAUAUGAAAGGGAAGUUUAAAUCUUUUGGAGAAGCCAUUUUAGAGGCUGUUGGUUUGCAGCUAAGAUCUGUAUCUUCCACUCUUGUGCCUGAUGUCUUGUGUUGGCUUUCCGAGCUGUGUUCAUGGCCAUUUUCUUUCACUUCUCCUAUUGGUAAUGGUAAUUUGAAAGGUUAUAAUGCGAAGAAUGCCAGAACAAUCAUCCUUUAUAUACUCGAAGCUAUUAUAGUUGAGCACAUGGAAGCUGUGGUUCCCGAGACACCUAUGUUAGUGCAUGUGCUUGUGUCACUUUCAAGUUCUUCAUACUGUGAUGUGCCAUUUCUUGACGCUGUGUUACGUUUGUUGAAACCAAUUAUUUCUUAUUCUUUGUCAAAGGUCUCUCAUGAUGAAAGGUUAUUAGAAGUUGAUUCCUGUCUGAACUUCGAGGAAUUAUGCUUUAGUGUUCUAUUAAGUAAAAUCAAACAGAAAGAUAAAGAAUACAAUGUAGCACUGGAGCCAACAGCUUCUUUCUAUGAUUAUCUCAGUGCAUUUCAAUGUGUUAUGGAUAAUUGCAGAUUACUAUUAGUGAAUUCAUUAACAUCAUUUGGUGUUAUUCCUCUUCAGUUGCCCCCUUUUCCUCGUGUGAAUGUUGGUGGGCUUUCUGAUGAUAACAUACCAAAUCCAUGGUUUCUUAGUGAUAUAUGUCACCAUUCAUUUGAGAAUGAUAUCCAUAAUGUAGAACAUAACAAUAACAAUUCUGCUGCUGCUGAUGAUCAUUGUCAUUGUCCUUCUAAAGAAUUAGAAGGGUUUUCUAAAGACGUAGAGUUUCUCAUAUCUGAACUUACUCCAGCUAUUGAACACUGUUGGAAUCUUCAUCGUCAGAUAAGCAGAAAACUGACAAUAUCAUCAGCAGAGUGUUUUGUCUUCUCAAAAUGUUUGACAUCGCUUUCUCCAAGAUUUCAGAAGUUUGAAGAUGAUGAUCAAGUUUCUUCACCGGCUAUAUCAUCUGACCAGUUUUCUCUUCCUUGGAGAAUUGGUGUUCAAGGCCUCUCUGAAUUGAUCACUGUCCUCCAAGAAAGCAGUUGCUGGGAAGUUUCUUCUUUGAUGCUUGAUUGUCUACUCGGAAUACCGUAUAGCUUUUCCCUGGAUAAUGUGGUAGGCAUUAUAUGUUCUUCCAUAAAGAAAGUUUCCUGCAAUGCACCUAAAAUCUCUUGGCGUUUGCGGAGCGAUAAAUGGCUGUCUUAUUUGACUGCCAGAGGCAUCUAUAACAGCCGAGAAAGCGAGGUUCCUCUCACAGAUCUAUUUUGUACAUUCCUAGGACAUGCAGAACCUGAACAACGCAUUAUAGCAGUUAAACAUUUGGGAAGACUUCUUGGUCAGUGUAUGAAUGGUGAAAGAGCACCGAUAAAUUCUAGAAUUUGCACCGACUUAGUUCCAAAUAAGUUAGUUUUAUCUGUUCCUGAUUAUGUUCUAUCUCAGUUGGUUUCAAAUACUUGGGAUGAGGUUGUUGUGCUGGCAUCAUCUGAUACAUCAUUACAAAUAAGGAUUCAUGCAAUGAUUCUUCUUUCAAAUUAUAUACCAUUUGCUGAGCGACAUCAUUUACAAUCUCUUCUUAUAGCCGCUGAUAGCAUUUGUUGUUUGCGUAGUGCACAGCCAUCACACGAUGGUUCUAUCCGUCAACUUUCAUUGGCAGUUAUUGCUUAUGCCUGUCUUUGUUCACCACCCGAAGAUAUUUCCUUGAUUCCUCAAACUGUAUGGGAAAAUGUUGAAACUUUAGCGUCAACAAAAUGUGAUGGAAAUCUUGGAGACCUUGAAAAGAGGACUUGUCAAGUUCUAUGUAGAUUGAGAGACGGAGAUGUGGACAAAGAGGCCCUUAAAGAAGUACUUUCUUCGAAUUCUUCAAAGCAGUAUGAUCCAGAUUUUGCUAUCACGCGUGAAUCGGUGCUCCAGGUUCUUGGCAACUUGACAGCGGUUCACUCAUACUUUGAUGUAUUCUCAACAAAAAUUAACGAAGAUGAUAUGGAGCUAGAGGAGGCUAAGUUGGAACUAGACAUCAUACAGAAGGAACAUGCAUUACCCGAACAAAUGGAGGAUUCCAAAGACUGGAAUCAAAUUCCAAGUCUACCCUCCAGCGGAAAGGAUGUUUCAAGGCUUCAGCAGAUCAGAGAAUGCAUUCAUACCAUAGAAAAGUCCAAACUUAAAGAAGAUAUCCUAGCCCGUAGGCAAAAGAAACUACUUAUGAGACAUGACCGUCAAAAAUAUUUGGAAGAAGCAGCUUUACGGGAAGCAGAAAUUCUGCAAGAACUUGAUAGAGAGAGAGUGGCUGAAAUGGAGAAAGAGAUGGAAAGACAAAAGUUAUUAGAAAUAGAGCGUGCUAAAACAAGGGAACUGCGUCACAAUCUGGAUAUGGAGAAAGAGAAACAAGCACAGAGGGAACUUCAGCGUGAAAUAGAGCAAGCAGAAUCAGGAAUUCGGCCUUCUCGGCGUGACUUUCCUUCCUCCACUCACAACAGUCGACCUAGGGAUAGAUUUCGGGAAAGAGACAAUGGAAGAUCUGGUAAUGAAGGGAGCACUAGAGCUGGCACUGGAAGCUUACAGCCUGAAAUUCCUUCCACCAAUUCAUCAAUGGCAACCUCACAAACUAUAGUUCUUUCUGGCUCGCGGACAUUUUCAGGCCAGAUGCCCACUAUCUUACAGUCGCGUGACCGACAGGAUGACAGUGGCAGCAUAUACGAAGAGAAUAUUGAUGGAAGCAAGGACUCCGGGGAUACCGGCAGCUUUGGAGAUCCCGAAUUAGCAUCAGCAUUUGAUGGCCCAUCUGGUGGAUAUGGGUCUCAAAGACAUAGCUCAAGGGGAAGUAAGUCAAGGCAGCUUGGUGAACGUAGAGACAGAGAGAACAGACGUGAAGGGAAGUGGGAAAGAAAACACUGA